UAAUGCUCUCCUGUGUGGGACGGGGGAACGUGUGGCGGUUUUCCUUCCUCUGCUACCGCAAACACAUCCUAGUCAGUCUACUGUUGGUCUCCUUCUGCUCUCUAUGUGAAGCUAGUACAUGCUGAUGCUUCAAUAGUUGAAUGAUGAAUCCUCUUGUGUUGGCUGGCAGCAUUCCAGAUGAAGUAAGUGAUUAUAAAGUAAUAGUGCUGUUUGUAGGAACUGUCCUUACUUGCAGUGUAUACGUGCAUCAGCUCAGUGUAUAAACAAACGAAUGAGGAAUGUCUCCGCUUGAAUUAUCCAGUUUCCCCAGCCUAAAACCCCAAACGGCAAGCAAUGCAGAUGUAAAAGCACAGUUGCUAGGAAAGACUCCCUAGAAAGUGGAACCUCGGAAGAAAUCUAGAGAAACCAGGCUCUGAGGGGUGGCCAGUCCCUUUAUGGCUGUGCCCGGUGGAGAUUAUAAGAGUACAUGGCCAUUAAGGCCAGAAUAUUCUCCAAGAUGUUCAAACGUUCAUAGAUGACCAGCAGGGUCAAAUAAUAAUCAGUGGUUGUAGAGGGUGAGACAGGUCAGUACAUCAGGAGUAAAUGUCACUUGGCUUUUCAUAGCCGGGCAUUCAGAGGUCGAAAUAGCAGGUGCGGUAGGGAGCGUUGAAAACGGCUAUGUGCUUAAGAGCUGUUACUCUAACUUUCUAGGUUUACGUGAUUUAGUGCUGAUCGUUUUGAUCAUCAGAGGUGCUACACCGGAGGGGUCCCUUCAGGGUGUUGCCUUCUACCUGACAACUGACUUGGGUUGGCUGACCAGUGCAUAGGUAACGAUACUCCUCCCAGAUCUUCUACUCAUUGGGGAUUGGUGUUGGGGGGGCUGCUCUGCACGGCCUCCUACAAUAAGUUUGAUAACAAUGUCAUCAGGUCAGUAGUACUAUUCUAUGCACUCUGAGGCUACAGGCAUGCUGCGAAAUUGAGUCAAUUCGAACAUUGUUCUGCUUUCAGGGACUGUCUGGUCAUCACCAUAGGGAACUGCAGCACCAGCCUCUUUGUGGGCUUCGCCAUAUUUUCAAUCCUGGGUCACAUGGCUUGGAGGAAGGGAGUGCCUGUUAGAGAGGUGGAAGACACUGGUAGCUCACAAUGAGCAAAUCACUCUUGAAUUAACAAUACAUAUAUUUUAUGUUUAUGACAUGGUAAUCACAAUACAUCCAGUUAUUAUCAUGGCAAAUAUAAGCUCAUUAUUCUUCCGCCAGGUCCCGGUUUGGCAUUUGUGGCAUACUCAGAACCUCUUCCUCAACUGCCAGGCUCUGUUUUGGUCGAUCCUUUCCUUUUUCAUGCUGGGGGUUGACAUUCUGGUAAACCACAGUGCUUUAAACCCACCAAACACAGACAUUUAACACCCCGCUCCCUGUUUCUCUGGCCCUCAUCCCUGUAGUUUGGUGACAUGGAGGGUAUCACCAUGGCCAUGCUGGAUGAGUUCCUACAGCUCAGAGCUAACAUGAAGGAGAAGUCUCUGUUCCUGGGAGUUCUGUGUUUAGGCUUCGGUCUAAUGGGACUGUUGUUGAUCCUGUGUGUAUUAGUGGGGAACUCUAUAUCAUCUACUGCAUCUUUAUGUAAUACAUGUAUCACUAGCCACUUUAACUAUGCCACUUUGUUUACAUACUCAUCUCAUAUACUGUACUCGAUACCAUCUACUGUAUCUUGCCUAUGCCGCUCUGUACCAUCACUCAUUCAUAUAUCUUUAUGUAGAUAUUCUUUAUCCCCUUACACUUGUGUGUGUAUAAGACAGUAGUUUUGGAAUUGUUAGUUAGAUUACUUAUUGGUUAUUACUGCAUUGUCGGAACUAGAAGCACAAGCAUUUCGCUACACUCGCAUUAACAUCUGCUAACCAUGUGUAUGUGACAAAUAAAAUGUGAUUUUAUUUAGUGCUGGUGUCCGUCUCUCCAUAGGGAGGGAUUUACUGGUUCACCCUCCGACUCAUUCGACACUAGCUUUUGCCUCAUUACCCUCUUCAUUGGAAUCUCCUUCUGUGGUACACAGCAACAUGCACCUGAACUGUGAACCAUCAGAUCCUCCUCUCCACCCUCUCCGAGUUGGGCAUCUCCGGCGCGGCCCACGCUUGGAUUGCGUCCUACCUGACAGGUCGCUCCUACCAGGUGGCGUGGCGAGAAUCUGUCUCCUCACCACGCGCUCUCACCACUGGUGUCCCCCAGGGCUCUGUUCUAGGCCCUCUCUUAUUCUCGCUAUACACCAAGUCACUUGGCUCUGUCAUAACCUCACAUGGUCUCUCCUAUCAUUGCUAUGCAGACGACACACAAUUAAUCUUCUCCUUUCCCCCUUCUGAUGACCAGGUGGCGAAUCGCAUCUCUGCAUGUCUGGCAGACAUAUCAGUGUGGAUGACGGAUCACCACCUCAAGCUGAACCUCAGCAAGACGGAGCUCCUCUUCCUCCCGGGGAAGGACUGCCCGUUCCAUGAUCUCGCCAUCACGGUUGACAACUCCAUUGUGUCCUCCUCCCAGAGCGCUAAGAACCUUGGCGUGAUCCUGGACAACACCCUGUCGUUCUCAACUAACAUCAAGGCGGUGUCCCGUUCCUGUAGGUUCAUGCUCUACAACAUCCGCAGAGUACGACCCUGCCUCACACAGGAAGCGGCGCAGGUCCUAAUCCAGGCACUUGUCAUCUCCCGUCUUGAUUACUGCAACUCGCUGUUGGCUGGGCUCCCUGCCUGUGCCAUUAAACCCCUACAACUCAUCCAGAACGCCGCAGCCCGUCUGGUGUUCAACCUUCCCAAGUUCUCUCACAUCACCCCGCUCCUCCGCUCUCUCCACUGGCUUCCAGUUGAAGCUCGCAUCCGCUACAAGACCAUGGUGCUUGCCUACGGAGCUGUGAGGGGAACGGCACCUCAGUACCUCCAGGCUCUGAUCAGGCCCUACACCCAAACAAGGGCACUGCGUUCAUCCACCUCUGGCCUGCUCGCCUCCCUACCACUGAGGAAGUACAGUUCCCGCUCAGCCCAAUCAAAACUGUUCGCUGCUCUGGCCCCCAAUGGUGGAACAAACUCCCUCACGACGCCAGGACAGCGGAGUCAAUCACCACCUUCCGGAGACACCUGAAACCCCACCUCUUCAAGGAAUACCUAGGAUAGGGUAAGUAAUCCUUCUCACCCCCCCCCCCUAAAAAGAUUUAGAUGCACUAUUGUAAAGUGGCUGUUCCACUGGAUGUCAUAAGGUGUAUGCACCAAUUUGUAAGUCGCUCUGGAUAAGAGCGUCUGCUAAAUGACUUAAAUGUAAAUGUAACUCCAUACCCUGCAUGCUACAUUUUGCAUGCUACAUUUUACAUACUAACCACUUCAGACAUGCCCCACACUUACUGUAUGUCAUUGGUGUAUUCAGAUACUUUGACUAAGUGUCUGCAUUCCUUAAUAUUC